CAAUGACAGCCUGUGUAAUGGGUUAACUGCCUGUUCAGGGGCAGAACAACAGAUUUGUACCUUGUCAGCUCGGGGGUUUGAACUAGGCUACCACUAGAACCACUAGGCUACCCUGCCACCCCUGAUAAUGUUGCAUUCCAGAUCUGUUGCAGAUGUUAAGCUGUUAAACUGAAAUACUUCAUUACAUUUUUUUUUUUAAAUGACUAGGUAAGUCGGUUAAUAAGGAUCAGACCCUUUAAAAAAUAUAUUCUCUGAAAGUUACCCAAAUCUAACUGCCUGUAGCUCAGGACCUGAAGCAAGGAUAUGCAUGUUCUUGAAAUCAUUUGAAAGGAAACACAUUGAAGUUUGUGGAAAUGUGAAAUUAAUGUAGGAGAAUAUAACACAUUAGAUCUGGUAAAAUAUACAAAGAAAAAAAAGCAUACCUUUUUUUUGUUCCAUCUUUGAAAGGCAAGAGAACGGCCAUUUAAAUCACAUAGUAGUUUAGGCGCAAUUUAGAUUUUGUACACUGCUGCCAUCUACUGUAUGCAGCAUUUUAGACUGAUCCAAUAAACCACUGCAUUUCUGUUCAAAAUGUUGUAUCAAGUCUGCCCAAAUGUGCCUAAUUGGUUUAUUGAUACAUUUUCAAAUUCAUACAUUUGCAUGCUCCUCAAACAACAGCAUGGUAAUCUAUCACUGUAAUAGUGACUGUAAAUUGGACAGUGUAGUUUAACAAUAAUUGACAUUUUAUGCCCAUACCAAAUAAGUCUGGGAAAUGUUCUUGUUAUUUACAACCUCAUGCUAAUCACAGUAGCCUAUGUUAGUUUAUGCGUCCCGCCAAGCAGAACGCCGAUCCCAAAUGCUUAUUUUAAUGACCGCCUACUCCGGCCAAACCCUGACGACGCUGGGCCAAUUGUGAGCCGCCCUAGUGGAAAAGUCGAAGCGAGAGCGCUCGCUCUCGCCAAAUUAUGUCUAGAAUAAGCCCAAUACAUUUCUUUGGGUUUAAUAUGCAGUCCUAAACUUGUCUCCUACCUUCCCGUCUAUGGUGGAGACAUGAGCAUCUCGUCAUUAUAUACACCUCUAUGGUUUAAUAAACAUUUUACCAAUUUGACUAAACGCCACAAGAGGUCGUAUUUGUCAUAGCUUGGUUUUAGUCGGCUGGUCAGUAUGUCUGACAUUUCGUCAAAGGCGGUGCAUGACGGGUUGUCUGCCAAAUAUGAUGGGAAACAAAUCAUAUCAUUGGAAAUGUAUAUGUAAUCAACGGAGAGACGAUAGCUUGUCGGGAUAGAGAGAGAGUCUGGCUUUACGUAAUUGUUUCAAAGGUGCACAUUCUAAAACGGCAGUAAUAAGCACUAAGGGUUAAUCUCGGGAAAACGGUUAGCUACUUGUCCUAGAUGCAUUCUCUGUCCAUGGGGCAGGGCUGUAGCAGUAGCAGCUCAGGUGCCCCCUCUGGCUCGGUGGUACAGGUGUGCUUCCCCAGCUCCCAGGCGUCUGUACUGGACAGCCUGAACAGGCAGCGUGAGGAGGGCCAGCUCUGUGACCUCUCCAUCCAGGUCCAGGGGCAGGUGUUCAAGGCCCACCGCUGUGUGCUAGCUGCAUCCUCACCCUACUUUCACGACCAGGUGCUCUUGAAGAACAUGUCCACUGUCUCCAUCCCUGCCGUCAUGGACCCACUGGCGUUCGAGAGCGUCCUGAGCUGUGCCUACACGGGCCAGCUGCGCAUGCUCCGCGAAGACAUCGUCAACUACCUCACCGUGGGCAGCGUGCUGCAGAUGUGGCACAUCGUGGACAAGUGCACAGAGCUCCUCAAAGAGGGGCGGGUGACGGGGAGUGGUAGUGCAAUCCAGGGUGUCAUUGGGGGAGCGCAGGGGAACCCUGGAUGCAGUAGCAGUGAAAGCUCCCUAGGGGCUGGGAGUGCCCAAGCUGGGGGAAGCAACACCCAGCCAGCCCCUCCCCCUCCCAGCCGCCCGUCCCUGAGUGAGAGCCAGUCUCCCAGCAGCACCAACUACUUCAGCCCCAGAGACACUAACUUCGGAGGGGGAGCGGCGGCCGCUGGAGCUGCAGGGGAGGGAGGCGUGAACUCCACCCCCAGCUACUGCACCCCUUCUGGGGGCGAAGAGGCUUUCCUCAUCGAAGAAGAGGAUGAAGAAGAGGAAGAAGAGCUCCUAUACCAUAGGAAGCGAGGGAGCAGCAGGAGGAAGCCGACGGCCUCUGUCUCAGACCAAGAGGUUGGAGUCAGCGACAGCUUCGGGGUGUCGUCCUACCAAGACGGGGACGCCUCCCCUCUCCAGAAGCGGCCCACAUACAGCCAGCCCAGCAUCAUGCCCCGGAAGCAGUGGGUGGUGGUAAAAACGGAGAGGCCCCAGGACGAUGACCUGAUCGUGGUGUCGGGUGAGGAAGGACCAGAUGAGGAAGAGGAGAGAGAGUUGGAGAUGCUGAGGGAGAGGGAGAGGACGUUCAACAUAUCCAACAUUAGGACUCUGUCUGGAGAGUUGAGCAGCAAAGCGGACCAUGAGAUGGAGACACAGAUGGAUUACUGCCAGUCUUCUGAAGACUACCUCAAGUUUGAUAGUGGUUUGAUGGACCAGACUCCCCCACAGCACCUUCAUGACAGCGCUGGUCAGGGUGGUGGCAGAACCGUCUCAGCCCUACUAGGCCAAGUCCAGUCUGCUGCUGCUGCUAGAGCUCAGCUCUUUCCCAUAGACAUGCAAGGCAACCAGAUCCUCAUGUACAGACAAUCCUCUCUAGAUUCCUCUCAACCCAUAGGAAUGGGAGGUGGUAUGGCUGGGGCACCAUUUAAAGGGCCAAACCUGGAGCAUGGAGCAGUCCAUUUGUCAGCACAGGGGGGUUUGGGCGGUGGCUUAGAUGGACUGGACGGGGGUGGUGGCGGGAGUUCAGGGAAGGUGUUCAUGUGCCACUGUGGAAAGACCUUCACCCACAAGAGCAUGCGCGACCGUCACAUCAACAUGCACCUGGACCUGCGGCCUUUCAACUGCCCGGUUUGCGCCAAGAAGUUCAAGAUGAAGCACCACCUGACGGAGCACAUGAAGACCCACACGGGGCUCAAGCCCUACGACUGCCACGGCUGCGGCAAGAAGUUCAUGUGGCGUGACAGCUUCAUGCGGCACCGCUCCCACUGCGAGGGACGGAGCGGAGCGGCUGGCAGGAGCGAGGAUGGGGGAGGGUCCGACCGCGCUGAUGGGAUCUCCCCACAGCAUCUCCCUCAUCUCCCUCUCUCGACCGGCGAGGCCGGUCACGGUGUCGUUGGUGGCAGGAAUGGGAACUCUGUCUUGUCCCCACAUCAUUCCAGUACAGGUAGCAGCAGUAAUGCGGUCUCUUGCCUUACCAUGGCCAGUUCUGGAGUGCUCUUAGGGGUCAACUCUCAGAGCGUGAUGCAGGGUCAAGGUUCAUCUGUGUUUGGUCUGGGGGUCAGCCGAGGUGGGUGUGAGGAGGAAGUGUGUGAAGUUGGUGCUAAUGAUAGUGUCACUUAAACACUCGUGUUGUUCACCCGUUUGGUUAAGACAAGAGGCUUUGAAGAGGCAUUCCAAUGACCAUUGGAAAGUGCCCCCUUUGGCAAAUGGCUUGGGACCAUUGUACAGUUAGUUCAGUAUACUCUUACAUUUCAAGUUUAUUCUCUGUAUGACUGUUUAGUGGCACAUUCUAUGUCAAGAAAACCAAAAAUCAAGAGAUAAUAACUCACCAAUGACAGCUUUGGCAAAAUGUUAACUAGAGUUCGAGAGGAAAGUUGCUGUUGUAAGUGAUGUGUCCUAUGAUAUUAUACGCCUUUUCUGCCAGAGAAUGUGCAUUUCAAGUAAAAGUGUCUGAAGAAGACACUUGCAGUACUGCCAUCUUGUUUCACACUGGUGAUGUGUCCACUAUCCAAUUUCAGUGUUGUGGUACAGUAUUACUGUAAAUAUAAUCCUAUUAUCAGUUACUAAUCUGUUACCAUUACGAUAGGUGCAAAACUAUACAGUGUAUAGUGCGUUUUUACAAGUAAUCCUCAUAAGUAUUGAUGGUAGACAAAAGCAUUAGUCUGGAGAUUAGGUUUCUUACAGAUCUUUCCUCACUCAAACUGCCAAAUUCCAACGCUUGCCUUGAGACAAUGACUACUAUUAACAGUAGGGUGGCUAAACAAAGCAGUAUCCACUGUGAUUCUGUAUGUUUUUAACCCAGGUUUUACCUUCUAUGAAGGCUCUGGAUGUAUUUUUCUGCAGGAGAAAAAAACUGGUCUGGAUCCAAGAGAAAGACGUGUUGUUUUCAGUGUAUACUUAUCUGUUAGGUCAGGAUUGGUAAAAUGUAUGAAAGAUGUAGCUCGUGUUUGCAGCAGUUUGAUGGAUGAAAUUUGAUUUGAAGUGAGCUUAAACUAGGUGUAUAUAAAGAUAUUUAUGUUUAGAUUUAUCAAAUAGGGAAUAUAGAACUAUUUAACUCUAAUUUAUGUCAUUUGACUGCCUUACUAUAGCAUACAGUGGGCGUAAGGUUAGAAAUUGACACCCUUGAUAAAGAUGAGCAACAAAUGACUGUAUAAAGUAAUUGAAAUACUGAGCUAUAUUGUAUCCCCCACAAAUAAUUGGGAAAUGAUUUCAUACUGAUACAAUUGUUCAGAGAGAGAUUUUGUUUAACAAGUAGUAUUCGUUCUCAAAAGGUAGGGCUCAAACUUAUUGACACCCCUGUUUUCAGUACCUUGCGAGGACAACAGCACUGAACCUUUCUCUAAAAUGGUUUAUGAGUUGGAGAACACGUUACGAGGGAUCUUGGACCAUUCCUCCAUACAAAUCCUUGAUAUCCGUUGUCUGUGCUUAUGUCAAGUCCGGAGACAGACUUUAAGGUAACACGGCAUCAUGAACUUUACCCAGAACCAGGAAAUGUAUGCCAAAAACCUGGUUACCUCCAGUGAUGUAAAGUACUUUAGUAUUUUUUUUGUGAAUAUCUGUACUUUACAAUGACAACUUUUACUUCACUACAUUCCUAAAGAGAAUGUACUUUUACCUCCAUAAAUUUUCCCUGACACCCAAAGGUACAUUACAUUUGGAAUGCUUAGCAGGACAUAGAAAUUGUUAAAUUCACACACUUAUCAAGAGAACAUCCCUACUGCCUCAAUCUGGCGGACUCACGAAACACAAAUGCUUCAUUUGUAAAUUAUGUUGGAGUGUGCUCCUGGCUAUUCAUACAUUUUUUUGUUUAAGAAAAUGGUGCUGUCAGGUUUGCUUAUUAUAAUGAAUUUUAAAUUGCUUUUACUUUUGAUACUUAGUAUAUUUUUGCAAUUACAUUUACUUUAUAUUUAAAACAAAAUACUUUUACUCAAGUAGUAUUUUACUGGGUGACUUUCACUUUAGUCAUUUUCAUAUUUCAGGUAUUUUUAAUUUGACUAAAGUAUGAGUAUUGGGGAUAUUUUCCACCACUGGUUGCCUCUGCCAGGAAUAUAAAACUUAUCCACAAGUGGCUCUUCCAGCAAAACAAUAACCCCAAGCACACAUCAAAAUCCACAAAGUAAGGGUUAAUUUAUUUUUAAAAAUUUCAACAGCCAUCUGUCUCCAAACUUAAACCAUUGAAAACCUGUGGUUUGUAUUGAAGAGGGCAGUCCAUAAAUGCAGACAAAGGAUCUGGAAGGUGGAAUGGUCUAAGAUCCCUCCCAAUGUGUUCUCCAACUCAUAGCAUUUUUUUUGAUAACAGCUCAGUGCCAUUAUCCCCACAAGGUGAGGUAUUGAAAACAGGUAUACUUUAUUUUCUCUAAGUAAGGGUAAAAAAUGUAUUAAACAAAAAGCAAUUUCUCUGAGCAAUUGUAUUAGUAUAAAAUAAUAAUUUCCAUUUCUUGUUACAUACAAUAUAGCUCAGUAUUUUAAUUGUAAUUUUUGCUGAUCUUUAUCAAGGUUGUCUAAUUUCAGACUUCACUGUAUAUAGAUAUAAAGUGCUUCUGGUCAAUAGUGAGUAUUAUAUUGACAGGUGUGAGUCCCAGGCUCAAAAGAAAGAAGUCUAGACUCCCUGUUAAUAGUCAAGUUGGCUGCUAUUUGUGUGGGACUGAAAGGGAAUUCCAUUGACUGUUCAAUAACUUGCCUGGCUGCAUUUCAUAGCAUUUACACCACACAAGGAAUUCAACUUCAUGUACUGUAGCACCUUUUCAUCAAAUCUCAAAGUUCGUACCAUUGUUUGAGGCUUAGCAGCCGUUAUUCAGUUGUCAUCUUUAUGGCAGGACAAAUACCUUUUUCAUCAAGGGAAGCUUGUAGCUGCUGCACACUAGGUCUGACACAACGCUACUGUUCUUUGCAUCUUCUGAAUAGUGCAUAUUUUGGGUUACAUUUUAUUUGAUAUUGAACACGAUUGUUGUUGCAUAUGCUUAUAGAGCCGGAGUUGUCUUUCUUGGCCUACGGUAACAAUGUCUAAGUACAUCAAUGUUAUCUUUACUAAUCUGUAUCAAAAGGCAAAAAUAAAACUGGUGUAAUUUA